GAAGAGCGUUUGGCACCCUGGGCUCAGUUGGAGUUGUAUGUGCAUGCCCCUGAUCUUUCUGUGCUCCAGGCAACCGCCUAGGUCGCCUAUAUGGAAGAGCCGGCCCUGAAGAUGGAUCUCUUCUGGCAGGCCUAACCACCUGAUCUUUUAUAGUGGAUCUUAUAGGAUUUUUUACACCUGAUUCAACAGUACAGAAACAGAUGAUGAUUUGGCUUCGUUGAUGACUGUAUUGCAUCUUGGCGUGUUUUAAUUGAUUAUUUUAUGUAGUAUGAGUUGUGUAAUUGUAUCGUUUGGUUUUAUCGGUUGUAAUCCUGCCUUGAUCCACAGGGAGAGGCGGGAAAUAUAAAUAAAUGUUGUUGUUGUUGUUGUUGUUAUUCAUGCUCCACAUAUAUGGAUUUAAGCUAUGCAAUACCAAGGUAAAAUCUCAGCCAAUUUUUCAAAUUAUACUUCCUCCUUUCAAUGCUUUUGGGCAGUGGGGUGAGUAGAGUGAAUGUUUCUGCCUAGAGGGGAUCAUAUUAAGAAGAAAUUAGUUAUGAUCGGUAAAGUGCUGUUGUUUUCUCUUUUUCAGCCUCUGAUCUCCUUGGAGGAGGUGACUGUGUAUUUCACCAAGUGGGAGUGGGACCUCCUGGAACCAGGCCAGAGGGCUCUCUACAAGGAUGUCAUGCUGGAAAUUUAUGGGCAUGUGGCCUCUCUGAAAUAUCCCAAGCCAGAUCUUGUCUCCUGUCUGGAAGAAGGCAAAGACCCCUUUGACCAGGGCUCUGUAGAAGGGGAGAGACCUGCAGAUAAUGGAAAAGAGAAGAAGAAUUAUGAGGAACCCAAUGUGGCAUCAUGGAAAAUUAUGGAGCCUUUCAUGGAAAAAGAGGAGUUUGUACAUCAGAAAGGACUGGGGGGGGAAAGGGAAAAUCAAAUGAAAAAUGGGAAGACAAAGUCCUUUGACUCUCAGGGAGCUGAUCAGCGGUUUUCUCGUGGUGACAGUUUACAUUCACACCAAAGAUCCUACAGAGAAGAGAAACCAUAUAAACGCAUGGAAUGUGGAGAAAGCUUUAGUAACAGUAGAAACCUACAUUCACAUCGGACAAUUCAGACAGAGGAGAAACCGUAUAAAUGCAUAGAAUGUGGAAAGACCUUCUUGUAUAAAAACAGUUUACAUUCACAUCAAAUAACCCAUACAGGGGAGAAACCAUAUAAAUGUAUGGAAUGUGGAAAGACCUUUAGUCAGAAUAUAAAAUUACGUUUUCAUCACAGAACGCAUACAGGGGAGAAACCAUAUAAAUGCAUGGAAUGUGGAAAGAGUUUUUCUCGUGGUGACAGUUUACAUUCACACCAAAGAUUCCACACAAAGGAGAAACCAUAUAAAUGCAUGGAAUGUGGAAGAAGCUUUAGUAGCAAUACAAAUCUACAUUCACAUCAAAUAAUUCACACAAAGGAGAAACCAUAUAAAUGUAUAGAAUGUGGAAAGAUCUUCUCUCGUAGUGGUACUCUACGUUCACAUCAAAUGACACAUACUGGGGAAAAACCAUAUAAAUGUAUGGAAUGUGGAAAGAGCUUCACUCGGAGUGGAACGCUACAUAAACAUCAAAGAAUCCACACAGGGGAGAAACCUUAUAAAUGCAUGGAAUGUGGAAAGAGCUUCUCACAAUUCUGUCUACACUCACAUCAAAGAACCCACACAGGGGAGAGACCAUAUAAAUGCAUGGAAUGUGGAAAGAGCUUCUCUCAUAGUACAAGUCUACGUUCACAAUCAAAGAACCCACACGGGAGAACUCAUAUAAAUGCAUGGAAUGUGGAAAGAGCUUCAGUCAGCGUAGGAAUCUAUGUUCACUUCGAAGAACCCACCACGGAUGAGAACCACUGCAUUGUAAUGUGGAAAGAUCUUCAGUCAAAGUACAAAAACAUCAUUCACAUUUUAAAAAUCCACAUAGAGAAACCAGCUAAAACUCCUGGACGAGAAGUGGAACGCAGUGGGGUUCCACAGGGCCGUGCUUCCGCCCGGCCCAGUGACUUAAUUCAAGCACAAACAACAUCUGUAUCAAUGACCCGGGAUGACAGAAUGGGAGCAGAACUAGUAUCAAAUUUGCAGAUGGACACCGAAAAUUAG